GUGUUCCUCUCAACAGCACCGGGAAUCUUCAGCUUUUAUAUGACCUAUUUGUGUUUCAAGGGCUGUAAAACUUGACAUGUUUUUUCCUUCCAGCUGAACGGCAAGACUCUCACCAAGAUCUUGUUUCUGCCACCGGAGGAGGUGCGCCUGGGGCACUCGGGGAAAGCCACGGUGGAUACGAACGGUGGCCUGAGUGAGAUCAUCAUGUACAGCCAUCAGAGCGUCAACUUCUACUACUACAAGUACACCAUUGAUGGCGUCAACGUCAUUCUAGCCAAUCUCCUGAUAUUUGUCAUUAUCUCCAUCGUCCUUGGGUAUGCCGUGGACGACUCUUUGAUCGACGGGAUGACGAAAUGUAUUCUGAGCGUCCUGGCGAUCAUUCCUCUCACUUAUUACAUCGGCAUGGCCAUCACCAGCAUCUCUGCCCAGAGCAGCUUUGCCGUGGGUGCCAUCUUGAACGCCACGUUUGGCUCCAUGGUGGAGGUGAUCUUGUUCAUCAUCAUGCUGAAGAAAGGCCGCGACACGGGACAAGAGUGUUACCAGGAGCUGGUCAAGUCUUCUCUCACUG